CUUACAUGGUGGCGUAGGUAUCACAAAAAUGCAGGUUGGUGGCUGCGACGCUUACUGCUCAAUCCAGUCCCCAAACCUGGCCACUUUGCCGAGCCUUCAUGUCUUAUUAGCUGAGCGGCUACCCCGCGACCCCAGCCUCCAUUAGAUCUUCCUAUCCUGAUCUCAUACAUCAUGAGCUAUGUAAUUGCUGAUGGUGAGGAAGAAACAGGAAUAAAAAAGAAGCGUUAUACUCACUUCGACGACGACUUUGUAAGAGUACAAUCUUAAUCACUGUUUCGACCCUGCGCUCCGCUCACUCGCCUCAACCCAAUGGAGUACCAGCCAGCACCGUCGCCAUCAUACCCAGCACCGCCCUCAACCUCGGCUCCGGUGCCUCCAGGUCCACCUUCAUUGCAGCCAGACCCUAGAUUUGAACAGCCAGUCUCUACGCCUUUCGCCGGGGCGGAUUUGCAAUCAAUAAGGACUGCCUGUGAGUACUCGUUGGGCGAGUAUAUCUCGCUGCACAAAAGACGACGGUAUGACGACCCGGCUAGCGAGCGUCGUGUUCAAGCGCAGCAGAGCAUUAUUAUGAGCGACUUACAGCUGUUGCGGAGCGAGGUAUCGGAUUUAGCUAAGGCGGCCGAGGCGCAUAGAUGGCGACGAUGGCUUUUGGGUGGUCUAGUGGCGUCUUUCAUCCCCGCCAUCCGUAAGGUUUUCCGCCGUUCGUCGAAGGACAAAGAGUCUAACGACACCGAGUAUGCCUUUAAGAGAAGCAAGGGUCUCAUUUCUCGCAUAUUGGAUUCCGUUCAUGGCAAGGGCAAGUUUGCCUCGAUAGCCUUCUUUGUCUUAGCUAUCCUGUACGUAUUUCAGAGCGAGGUAUCGAUGCGUGUAGCAAGAACGGUAUCCAAGCGCUUGAAGCGGCUCAUGGCCAAGAUCGAAAGGGGAGAUCAGGGUCUUGGGGAAGACGACGUGAAACUUCUCAAGGGCUGGCGUUGGCGCGUGCUACUGUGGUAGUAAUUUGAUAACAAAGGUUGAGUUUCAUCGAGUCUUUCCAUGCUGUACUGUACCUCUUGUAUCUAGAUAUAAAAAUGCCCCCUGUUUAAUCAUACUAGGUAAUAUAGAUACACCAGUGAGUGCUCUCAUAUUUAGCCCUGAGCAUAGAGAAAUACCAGCACCGAGUCUUACAGUGUAGUUGAAACUAAUCCGUACCAUGGGAGAUUCUAUUCGGAGGAUAUACACAUGCACGGAUAUGUUACCUGCUAUAUCAUCG